AUGUGGGAAGCCUUUUCAAAGAAAGUGAUUGUAAUUACUGGCGGGUCAGGCUUUCUGGGGACUGUCCUUGCCCAUCGCAUCGUGUCGUCCACCAAUGCCGCCCGUGUGUAUGUGAUCUCAAGAUCAGACACGCAACAUGUCCACCGCAAAUGGGAAGAGAGACUGGCACUCUUCGGCCUCGAAGCCCUCGCGCACGACAAGAUAACCAUAAUCCAAGGAAACACCCAGCUCCCCAACAUGGGCAUGGCCGAGGAAGACGUUAUCCACCUCCAAAGAACAGCCAACUUCAUCAUCCACGCCGCCUCCUCCAUCAACCUCAAAAAGCCACUCCCAGCCCUAACCGACCCCGUCAUCCGCGCCAGCCUCCACGUCGCCGACUUCGCCCUGGGCUGCGCGAACCUCAUCCAGCUCGCCUUUGUCUCCACAGCCUACGUCAACGCCUUCCUCUACUGGACCCCUGCUGCCCACAAAGAACCAUCAUCAAUUGAAGAACGCAUCUACCCGCUCUCCGAGGGGGACCCCGCCCGCCCCGCCAUCACCGAAUGGCACGAAGUCGAGCAGCAUGGCUCGAGCUGGGAGUACAAAGCACACGCGUUCCCAGCCGCCUACACCUACGCGAAGCACCUGACCGAGCGUCUCCUGCUCGAGCGCUUCCGUCUCGCUGACGUCGCGCACAAACUCCUCAUCAUGCGGCCAUCGAGCAUCGGGCCCGCGCAGGGCUAUCCCUGUCCGGGGUUCAGUUUCGCGGAGUCGGCGCCGGUCGUCGCCGCAGCGGCCGCGCUACUGCUCGCGCCGUUCCAGACCGUCACGAUCCCGAGCUCGCUGGACCACCCGGAUGAGGAGAGCCUGUGCGAUGAGGUGCCGGUGGAUGUCGUCGCGGAGCGGAUCCUGGCGCAUCUUGCGUGUGGCACGGCGGGGAUCGUGCAUGCGGUGGCGGGGGAGGCGGGGCAGAUGUGUCUUGGGCGGUUCUGGGCGGAGGUGCACGCUUGUGAUCGCAUGCCCUGGCAGAAGAGAGUGAGGUAUGUUCCGGAGGGGACGCCGGAGGAUGCGCUGCAUCCUAUCGCACGGGUGUACAAUGGUCUCGGCAUGGCUCGGCUCGCUUUUGCGGAUGAGCGCACGGUGCAGCUCGAGAGGCGGCUGAGGGAAGCAGGGCUCUCGACCUCCUCGCUGUUUCUGCAGAACAGGGAUCAGUAUCAUCAGUUAGCGGGGCGGGCGGUUGCGGUGGAAGCAGGUAUGCGGCUUGUUGCACACCAUAGCCGCUUGCUCACGUUGAUGUACUGGGUUUUCUACGCGAGGGCGGGAUGGAGUCACUUUAUGACUAUCCACGGAUCCGAGGAGCCGAGUGCCGGAAUGAUAGGAGACCCGAGUGAGAAGCGCUACUGCUUCUAUGUGUAG